CAUAAACGUUUUCCUUGACUACCUUGAGACACAACACUGUGCUACAAUGAAUAGAAAGCGUCAAAACUAACUUUGACUUGGACACAAAAACAAAUACAUAACGAAGAUUUCUCCUGCACCUCCGCCUGCUCGUGCUUGUUCCAAGCAAAGAAGAACAACAAAAUGAAAAUGGAUACCAUGUACAACCAGGCAUCGAAGCAGAUGAUGAACAUCGGGAUUACACAUUCUUGCACACUUCCGCAUUGCUUGGAAGGAGGGAGGUCAGUGAGCAGUUGCUCUUCUUCUUCAAUACCUGGUGCUGGCCUGCUUCGGCUGAAUCAUCCACCAAGGAGAAACCAGUUGCAAGAAGUCAACGUCGAAAUGACGAAAGAUGGGACCACAAGAAGGCGAAAAAAUGGUGGCGGUGCUGCAAGGAGAAGAGGUAGACUCACAGCUGCGAUUCUCUCGGUGAUGACCACCACAGUGCCAGUAGCCGCAGUGAAAAUGGGUCGCAGCAAUUCGGAUUCAUCCUCGAUGAUGACUAUUUCUGGCGUCGGCCAACAAGGUGGAGCAGGAGAUUUAUUAGGGACUUCUGCGACAGGAGAUGGCGGCGCUGGCAACCUCCUUCCUCCAGUGGUCGAGAACAUUGCAGGUUAUUCCAAGUCCGAAGGUAUGGAUUUGCCUUAUUUAACCGCUUCGUGGGAACCAAUGAGGGUGAAUGCUGGAGCCUCUACGCCAGACGUUUGUGCAGAUUUCUGCACCAAAGAGGCGCUUUGUUCAGCGUUUUGUUUCUAUCCGAAAACUAGGAUUUGCACUUUUCGACAGCAGUCAGACGCUGACAUUCAGCAAAGUGCGUCACCGGCAUCAGUGACCUUUAUUUUUGUGAAACAAAAUUCUUUGAUCUCGGCACAUGCUGUUUCGGUCAAAUCGUCGACAAGCGAAGCGGUGGAAGCACUGGCGGUGUUGGCAGUAUUCUUUUUGUUCUAGAUCGUCGUUAUCGAUUUUACCCGUGAUGAUGACCAGGUCCAGGAUCUUCCUAUAAUCUAACCGUCUUUCACGAAAUGAAGAAUCUUCAUCUUGUUCCUGAUAAAGAACCCUAAAUCCUUCGACUAAUAUGACCGCAUCAAAACCAAAACACGCUCACGCACGACCACAGCGCGACCGCAAAAUAGAAGCAACAGACCCGGUUGCUAUGCGUUUAUUACGCGCAAUAUGCAGUGAUGCUGAUGCCCACGCUUCCGAUUCCUGGUUUAUGUGGGUCUGUCGGUCCCUGUACAAUUUCUCUCAGGGACUGGUGAUUACGCUGGGGAUGUUAGGUACGCUAAUAAUGUCCUACUUCUUCUUUGUGUUGGUUAUGGAUGGCCAAUUUACUUAUGCUACCAUUGAUGGUACGCGUGAAAUUUUGGCGGAAGUAGCACUAUCUCACUUGUUCUUGUUUUACUUUUGUCUAUAAGAAAACCUAGUCGUGGUUCUGCCUUCUUCUACCACUCCACCAACAAUGCCACCACUCCUACACACAAAUCACAGUCGUAUCGAUUAUCGUCUACCGCCAAUGUGGGGAUUCUAUAAUGAACUUUUGGAAUUACAAAGUUCUUGCUCUGUUCGGCAUCCGAAAACAACCAGCAUAUUCGCCAACAGAGCUAGCUGCUAUGUGGGAUGAUGACGACGGGUUGUAGCAGCGUUUCAGCAGAAUGUAAUGGCGUUCUUCCUUGUCACUGGCGGGUUGUAGCAACGUUUCAGAAGACGUCAAUGCAAUGGCGUUUUUCGUUGUCAUUUGAGGCACGUACAAAUGAGGAUACUAGAUCUACAAAAAUGAACGAAGCAUUCCUGAUGUAUUACGGGGAUCGAAGGAAAUAUUAGCAUCGCGUUUCUAAUCCUAAGUCUGCGAGGCACCCCGCAAUCUAAUGUAGAUGAUCGACAUUUUGAAGCAUAAGAUUCUCUUGUAGUGGUCGUAGUUACUCCUCGAUGAAGAUAUUGAGGUGCUGUCCAUGCUGCGCAUAACUCAAGAAUUCACUCCUACACAGCCGAUUCAUAUGAACACACCUGCAUGAUGAAUCUCAAAGAAGAUAACGCAUAAACGCAAGACUUGAUUCGCUUGACCAUUUUCGCUUAUUUUGCUGAUACAGUAGGGUGGAGAGCACGACGCAAGGAAUGGAGAAUAGGUCCUUCAAGGUGGA